AUGUACGGGGCACGCCCCCAGCAACGCAGUCAAGCCGAACAUGGCCUCAGCUUCCUGCAAGUCCAGGGGAUAUGCGUUCGCAGUCGCAGCGACCCAAACCUCGCAGCUCCCGACCGUCUCUGUAUGUCCCGGAUGGGCAGUGGUGCCGGCUGCGCGCUGGCGGCAUCGAGGCAAUCCUGUUGGAUUGGUGCACACAUGCCUGCGGUGCAGCUCCACCCAUCGGCGCUCAAAGCGUGA